AUGGAGUACCAAAUUCAAACUCCCGUGUUUUUGAAGAACGACACUGAUAUUAAAGACCCUGCGAACCUUACCCGCGCAAAGGAUCUUCCAACACAGCUCGCUAUCUCGUUGACCUUUGGAAUUGGUGCUUUUAUUGCCUUCUGCAUUCUACGGCCGCGAUGGUCGACAUUGUAUGCUGCGCGUAAGAAACAGGUUUACAGUGCCUCGACACUUCCCGACUUGCCGAAAACGCUGUUCGGUUGGAUUCCGGCCCUAUGGAAAAUCACGGAUGAUGAGGUGCUCGCCACCGCGGGCUUGGACGCCUAUGUGUUCCUGGCGUUCUUCAAGAUGGCGAUCCGGUUCACUGGGCUAGCCACAAUCCUCGCAUUCACGGUUCUGCUUCCGAUUCAAUAUUACUAUGAUGGUUCAAAGAUCAAGUUCACGUCUUUCUCUAUGUGGGCUCUUAGCAAUAACCGACAUCCGGAUGAGGGCAAGCCGAAGAAGCUGGAUGGGCCGUACCUCUGGGCAUACUUGUUUUUCGUCUACAUCUUUACAGGUCUCGCAACAUAUCUCCUGGUCGAUGCCACAAAGAAGGUCAUUGCGGUUCGCCAGAAAUACCUUGGCGGUCAAGUGACAAUCACCGACAGGACCAUCCGCCUCUCUGGGGUUCCUCCGGAACUCCGGUCUGAAAGUGCCCUCCGCCAAUAUAUGGAUGAACUCAAUAUCGGCAAAGUCGAAUCAGUUACAAUCUGCCGGGAUUGGCUGGAGCUGGAUAAGUUGAUGGAGCAAAGGGAUAGUGCUUUGAGGAGUUUGGAGGCAGCUUAUACGAGCUAUUAUGGGUUCCGGCGAACCUUGUACAGUGACCCAGAUGAACUCCCGACUGCAACUUCAACUCCAGGUAGUACGGACAGUGAAGAUGCCCCAUUGCUUGCGCCGCAUGGAAGCGGCCCUCAUUCGCACAAGACGAAUAGGCCAAUGCAUACGUUCCGCUAUGGCCCGUUUAAGAUGCACACCAAAACCGUAGACUCGAUUGACCACUAUACGGCGCUUCUUCAAACUCUCGACAAAAGGAUCACGGUUGCUAGAAAGCAAACAUACAAGCCAGUUCCAAUCGCAUUUGUGACCAUGUCGUCAACGGCUUCUGCACAGGUCGCCAUCCAGGCGGUUUUGGACCCCCGGUUCGGAACAUUACUUGCAUACCAAGCGCCCGCCCCUGAUUCAAUUGUGUGGAGAAACACGUAUAUGUCCCGCACUCAGCGCGUAGUAAGGAGUUGGAGUAUUAGUGUUUUCGUCAGUAUUUUGAGUAUCAUCUGGCUUAUUCCGGUUACUGGGUUGGCUGCACUUUUGAACAUUGCCGAUAUCCAAAAAAUCUGGCCGUGGUUGGCAGCAGUCUUGGAGAAAAGUGAAUGGGUUGAGUCUUUGGUUCAAGCGUUUUUGCCUACUCUCGCAUUGACCUUGCUCAACGUCGCGGUUCCGUACUUUUAUGAAUGGCUGUCAACAUACCAAGCUUUCAUAUCGAUAGCUGAACUCGAGCUCUCGGUUAUCUCUAAGAACUUCUUUUUCACUUUCUUCAACUUGUUCAUUGCCUUUACCAUUCUCGGGACUGCGCUCACUUUCGAGAAGCUCUGGGAUGAACUUAAAGGCUCACUUAGCGACACCACCCGAGUGGCCUAUGCCCUUGCCGGCUCCCUUAACGGCCUUGCCGCCUUCUAUGUCAACCUAAUCAUUCUUCAAGGCAUCGGCAUGUUCCCAUUCCGCCUCCUCGAGUUCGGCACAGUGGCGCUAUACCCCAUCAACAAGCUCAUCUCAAGGAGUCCACGUCAAUACGCAGAGCUCAACCGGCCACCAGUAUUCUCAUAUGGAUUCUUCCUCCCCCAGCCUAUCCUGGUGUUGAUUAUUACAUUUGUGUACAGUAUCCUUCCCCGCGGAAGGUUGAUCCUAUUUUUUGGCUUUUUGUACUUUAUCAUUGGUUACUUCACAUACAAGUACCAGCUCCUGUACGCUAUGGACCAUCCACAGCACAGCACGGGGCAGGCGUGGUCGAUGAUCUUCUACCGUGUCGUCAUUGGGCUCAUCAUCUUCCAGCUCGCCAUGGCAGGGUUCCUAGCCUCUCAAGGAGCAUUCGUCAGAAGCGCCAUGGUCGCACCGCUCAUUGUCGGAAACAUUCUAUGGAUGUACCGCUGGGAUGAGGACUGGGGCAAACUCAACUCAUUUAUUGCGCUCCACGCCAUCCGCGAGCCAGGCGAUGUCGACGUCAACCAGAGCAUCCCAGACCAAGAAGGCCAAGUGAUUCGCGGCGACGGCCGCACGGAUCUUGAGACUUUGGAUGAGCGCCGGGAGCACGGCGGACUGUUUGUGAACCCGAGCUUGGUCAGCCCGCUGGAAGAGGUGUGGGUGGGGAGGCGGAGGACCAUGAUUAGGAGGGCGACGGAUGAGAGGAUGAUGUAA